AUGGUCUAUGAGUCGUCCUACGAGACAGGUCAAAAGCCAUUCACUUCUGAUCUGCAACGCGGAAAAUGGGAAAAACCUACGGACUUUAUUUUCGCAUGCUGUGGCUUGGCCCUCAAGUUAGAUAUAUUUGUGAUUUCAUAUUGGCUCUUCUUCGACAUGGGCUUAUUUGGCAUAUUACCGUACUAUUUCUAUAUGGCAGUAUAUAUGGUGCCACUUUUGGUCAUCCAUUCCUUUAUGGGUCAGUUCUCAAGCAGCGGCUUUAUCUCCGCCUUUCGUCUAUCGCCGUUCUUUAAAGGUAUGGGCUAUGUGAGUGUCUUCUUGAGCAUUGCAAGUCUGCUCUUUUAUUCCAUCUUUUCGAUCGUUCCUCUCGUUUUCAUACUACAUUCCCUGCGACCAACUAUGCCCUGGAGUUGCGAGGGAUUGGGAAACGUGGGAAACCUAACGACUAUGUGUAAUAUGAAUAUUUCGGAAUCGGACGCCAUUUCAACGCUCGCGAAUGAAACCGAUUUCGAUGUCUUGCAUAUGACUGAGAUUCAUAUACCUUCAGUGCUAUUUUUCAAACAACACUUUACGUCACUGUCCGGAGGCUUCAUGUAUUCACACACGGGCUUUGAGAUUUCGUGGACAAUUGUGGGAUUCUCGGUUCCGAUCUGGGCUAUAAUAUUGUGCAUGUUCAGAAAUUUCUCGGAAACUGCGAAGUUUGGAAAACUAUUGCGUUAUAUGGUACUGACUUCGUUGGCCUUACUGCUGAUUUGCUUGGCUCGUUUUCUAUUUCUGCCCGGGGCUUUGGACGGUCUCGCUCAUUUUGUAAAACCUCAUGUAGACUCCAUGGUAGAAGGCAGUUUUAUAAUGACGGUUGUGGUUCUUCAGGCCUUUGGGUCUGGUUGGGGAAGCGUAAUGGCUUUGUCCAGUUUUAACAGUUUCAAAACAAACAUUAUGAGUUAUAGUUGGAUAAUUGCCUUUGGACAGACACUCGUCUACAUCCUUUUCGGUAUGGUUAGCUUCAUAUUACAACAUUACUUUCAAGCUAUGAGAGUUGACAGUUUUGAUUUAUAUGUCGAAACUAAUUGGGUUCUGUACUUAUCGAGUGCCAGUGCUUUGGCCACACUGGAAUGGGCCAAUCUCUGGACAAUUCUAUACUACUCAAUGUUGCUAAUUUCUUCGCUAAUUGUGAUGAUCACACAAAUCUUUACCGUGCUUACUAGUCUCUUUGAUGAGUUUGAGUUUCUACGAGAGCAUAAACAAAGGGUCACUUACGGGCUCAUAGGAUUCCUAGCUUUCUGUUCGUUAUGGUUUUGCACGAAUUAUGGUGUUUUAUUCUUCUCGGCCGUAUCAGUAGAUGCGAUUCUAACAUAUAGUGUUAUGCACAUGUUACUGUUACUUGCGGUUCUUUGGAUCUAUGGAAAAGAUCGUUUCCAGCGAGAUAUUGAGUUUAUGCUGGGACAACCUUUUGCCUCAUGGAAGGUCUUCAUAUUGCGCUUUAUAGCUCCAAUAUUUCUGAUCUUUUCUUUGCUGGUUGGAUUGUUUUUAUCAUUUACGGAACAUGUAUAUCGAUCGACUCUUGUGUUUUACAUAAGUCUUUUUCUGGUGAUAAUCCCACUGUUAUUUAUUCCUGGCUAUGGAAUUUAUAUAACUUAUCAAAAUACUGGACGACUUUGCAAUCGCUUUCGGCGGGCUUGUCGACCAACCGAUUGGUAUCCCCAGAAAACGGAAGAUCGACAGCAAUAUGAGGAUGUUGUUGGCAACUCUGAUAUGACUCAUCAGUUGUAUGAAGUAACCGAGGAAGAUAAUUGAUGUUAUAAAAAUCACAUUGCAUUAUUUACUGCAAAUAUUUUAUUUGUUAAUGUGAGAUUUUAAAAAUAAUUUAAAAAAAAUUAUUAUGUUAAA